GUGAUUCAUGUCCUAGUUAAUGAUAUAAACACGAGGUGAGUGCAUGUGGGGAUAAAACAUAAACAAACGAGUGAUUGUUCAAUAUUUCUUUCAUUUCCAUCUUGACAAUCAAAUAAGCAUGUUGCCUGUUUGGAGAUCUAUUCCUCGGUCACGAUACGUGUUAAAAAGCGGAGUUUUUUCAGUUGUGUCAAAACCUGUUGAAGAAUUUCCUGCUCGGUCUCAAGAUUUCGGACAUGUCACCAAAAGGGACAAUGUUUUUAUUCAGGGUUUUCAAGGCGAAGCGUAUAAUAUUCCUGUGUCAGACGCUAGAAAAGUGAUGAGCUUGGCUGCUGAAUACCAACAUCAAGGUCCAAGUGUACAAGGAACUCAAGACUAUGCCUCUUAUACCUUUAAUAAACUUACACAUGAAGCAUUGUCUAAAGAUGAUAUUCACUUACCUGUGCUAGAAGGACUUGACAGUCACGUGAGUCUAAACGGGUGCAUGCAGAGUACUGUCCCUAAGCCCCUCAACUCAGAAAGUUCAAUGUCAGGAUAUCAAAGUUAUUUAAACAUGCCUGGUGGUGGUGAAAAAUUACUUGACAAAUACAUUUCAGGCAAAAGCCAAUUUUGUCAUCAAUCAAGGCAUUUUACAACUUCUUCCAGACAGUUUGUUAGCCAACAAGGUGCCCAGGACACAACGUUUAUAGAAGACGAAUUACUGCCUGACCCCACACCACAGGGAAUACAAGGGGAUAACUGUGUGCAGUUUCGAUUAUGGAUGGAAAAUUGUCAACGAUACAACCUUCCAAACUGUGACGAACAGUUAGAGUCUAUAAACACAGGGAGAAAAACUCUAGCACAGGUUUUUCAGGAGCAGCAAGAAAUUAUAAGACUUGUAGCUGAAAGUUACAAAAAUGACCAGCGAAAGAUGGUAAAACAAAUGGACAGUGAAAUAAAUGCCCAAGGGCAGCAGGACUAUUUUGGAUACAGUUAUGAAUUUUCAACAGUAGACCCAUGUCCACAAGGCCUACAAGGUGAGGACUGUGCUAAUUAUAAAGCCUGGGCUUACAAUUGUCAGGCUUUUGGAUUUGGCAAUUGUAAUGGGAAAGCACAUGAUAUCAGGACUGGUAGACGGACAUUACAAGAUGUUUUUGACGAACAAGACCAAAUGAUUCGCAAAAUUGUAGCUAAUUUUCAACAGAAGCGGUCAUACAGUACCAACCAAAAACCAGAGGUGGGUAAAGAAAGUUCAGGCACACACUCUGAACCAAACAACAAUCAAAAUUCUUCAUCCCCACAUAGCACUCUUCCUCAUGAUUUACAAAAGUUAAGUAAAAAAGAUCAGUUAAAACAAGCUGUUAAACAAUACGGUGGAACUGUUAUUGUGUUCCAUAUAGGUAUAUCUCUAAUAUCACUUGGAGGCUUUUAUCUUGCUGUGUCAAGUGGUCUUGAUGUGGUAGCUAUUUUGUCAAAACUUGGUGUUGGCGAGGCAGUAUUACAGUCAAAAAUUGCGACAGGAUCUACAACUUUUGUAAUGGCAUAUGCUGUCCAUAAAGUAUUUGCACCAGUACGUAUUGGCAUCACAUUAAGUUGUACACCAUUCAUCGUUGGAUAUUUACGACGGAUUGGUAUUCUCAAACCUCCAAAAAUAACCAAAUAAAAGACUAUUCAGUGCUUUAAGAUAUUUAAGGAAAUAUUCAGACAUUCUGCCAGAUUACAAUUUGUAUUAUAGAAAAUUUAAUGUAUUGACAGCCUUGUUACUUUGUUUUGAAAGUUUUCUUAUAUGUUUGUGCCAGUUGUAUUAUGGGAUCAUCCGAUGACUUUAAAUUGGUUCAAAUUUGUUGCAAGCACAACAAGAAUGACAGUUUUUGCAAGACAUAAACACUUUAUUUUAUAAAAGUAAUGCCUUUUGUGCAAUUAUAUUUAAGAUAGUAAGACAGUUGCUGUAAUACUAUUGUUGAUUUAAGUCAAAUGAUAUACAUGUAAUUACUGGUAUAUUAAAUUUUGAAGUAUAUUUAUUAUUUUAUGUAACAGUGAAAUAUCUGCAUCAUAAAUGUGGCUUGUUUAUCAAUAAAUUGAAAAAAAAUCUUGAA